GAAAAAUGGAAGGGAAAAAUUCAGUUAAAUUGAUGGCAUGGGGGAAGAAAUUUGGAUUGAACAAAAAAUUAAAACAAAUACAAAAUUGAGUUAAAUGUUGAUCCAACACAUUUAUGAACAGAUGUUUGGACACGCUGAAGCAUAAAAAAUCACACGCUCCCUCUCUAUUUAAAAGAAAAACAAACAAGUCUGUGGUGCGUGAGAGCGAGUUCCGAACCAUUUCCAAACGCACAUUUGAUUGCGUCUAAAAUUGUCCCAUAUAAUUGUUCCCUUCAUAAAGUUUGGAAAAUGACUACGUUUUACUCCCAGUCCCACCCGUUUCCCCCAUCCCCUCGUUUAUAAUCCCCAAAGAGGGAAAAAUUAAAAAUAAAAUUGAAAAAUUAAAAUUAAAAUGAGCCAGACAUAGCUCAUCGGGAACGCAGCAUUUACAUAACUGCUACUGCUACCACUAGAUUUUUGAAAAACCCCUACCUUUUUUUAGAUUUUAUUUUUUUGAGCUUUUUUUAAUUUUUUUCCCCAAUUUGUUUGGGGCAAUGGGGGAGCACAAGAGUAGCAGCAAUAACCGGUGGAACUGGGAGGUGAGUGGCUUCGAGCCACGGCGGACGUCGCCGUCGUCUCCGGAGGACCUACCUAGGGCCACUGUUGCGCCGUUGAUGCGACGGUACUCGAUCUCGGCUGCCUCCUCGUUGGCUUCACCGUUUUCUUCGGAAUUUUCUAAGCAGGCUUUGGCUUCUAAGGUGCUCCGAUUGAAGGAUAAAGUUAAGCUUGCAAAAGAAGACUACUUGGAGUUGCGACAGGAAGUUAAUGAUCUGCAGGAAUAUUCAAAUGCUAAACUUGAUCGAGUUACACGUUACCUAGGUGUUCUUGCAGAUAAAACUCGUAAACUAGAUCAAUUUGCCCUUGAAAGUGAGGCUAGAAUAUCUCCGUUGGUCAAUGAGAAGAAAAGGUUGUUUAAUGACUUAUUGACAGCCAAAGGAAACAUAAAGUUAUUUUGUCGGACAAGACCACUUUUUGAAGAUGAAGGUCCUUCAAUUGUUGAAUUUCCUGAUGAGUGUACUAUUCGUAUAAAUACUGGUGAUGAUACAAUUGCCAACCCCAAAAAAGAUUUUGAAUUUGACAGGGUUUAUGGGCCUCAUGUUGGACAAGCUGAGCUGUUCAGUGAUGUUCAACCAUUUGUGCAAUCAGCCUUGGAUGGAUAUAAUAUUUCCAUAUUUGCUUACGGACAAACUCGGUCAGGAAAGACACACACCAUGGAGGGAUCUAACCAUGAUCGUGGCUUAUAUGCUCGUUGUUUUGAGGAGCUGUUUGAUUUAGCCAACUCAGAUUUAACUUCAACAUCAAAAUUCAAUUUCUCAGUCACAGCCUUUGAUCUAUAUAAUGAACAGAUAAGGGAUUUGCUCUCAGAAUCAGGGAGUACUUUACCAAAGAUAUGUUUGGAGUUACCGGAAUCUUCUGUAGAACUUGUGCAGGACAAAGUUGAUAACCCAAUGGACUUCUCUAAAGUCCUGAAAGCAGCAUUUCAAAGCCGCGAAAGUGACACAUCAAAGUUCAAUGUUUCUCAUUUGAUCAUCAUGGUGCACAUAUAUUAUAGUAAUGUGAUCAGUGGAGAAAACUCAUACAGCAAGCUUUCUCUGAUUGACUUGGCUGGAAGUGAUGGUCAAAUUUUAGAAGAAGAUAGUGGCGAGCGUGUGACGGACUUACUUCAUGUCAUGAAAUCACUUUCAGCGUUGGGAGAUGUUUUGUCUUCUCUGACUUCAAAGAAGGAUAAUAUUCCUUAUGAAAAUUCAAUGCUUACCAAUAUUCUUGCAGACUCGCUAGGGGGAAACUCAAAAAGUUUGAUGAUUGUUAACAUCUGUCCAAAUGCUGCAAAUCUAUCUGAGACAUUAUCAUCUCUCAAUUUCGCUGCACGAGCUCGAAAUUCUGUGCUAAGCCUUGGAAAUAGGGAUACUAUUAAGAAAUGGAGAGAUGUUGCCAAUGAUGCACGCAAGGAGCUCUAUGAGAAGGAAAAGGAAAUUCAAGAUCUGAAACAAGAGGUUUUGGGACUAAAACAAGAACUUAAAGGGGCAAAUGAUCAGUGUGUCCUACUAUUCAAUGAAGUUCAGAAGGCGUGGAAAGUUUCUUUUACUCUGCAUUCAGACCUAAAGUCUGAAAAUGUUAUGCUUGAGGACAAGCAUAAGAUAGAGAAGGAACAGAAUGCACAGCUCAGAAAUCAAGUUGCUCAAUUGCUACAGUCGGAACAAGAGCAAAAACUGCAAAUGAAACAAUAUGAUUCGACGAUUCAAACAUUGCAGGCAAAAGUAAAAAGUCUUGAAUCGCAACUAAAUGAAGCCAUUCGUUCUGGUGAAGCUAAGUCCGUUAGCUCAGAAAAGGGGUCUGGAGUUUCAACAAUAUCAAAUACAGCAGCGGAUGGUAUGGAUUCUUCAGCUGUGACUAAGAAACUUGAGGAGGAACUCAAGAAACGUGAUGCUUUGAUUGAGAGGUUGCAUGAAGAAAAUGAGAAAUUAUUUGAUAGAUUGACCGAGAAAGCAUCUACGGGUGGAUCACCACAGGUGCCAAGCCCAUUUUCAAAAGGAACAGCAAAUACUCAGCCUCAAGACCCUGGGAGGAAUGAUCGACGGUCCAUGGAUGUCCCUUUGCAAUUGGCCAUGGAUAAGACUGAUGGUGCAGGUGCUUUGGUUAAAGCUGGUUCUGAUAAGGUUAAAACCACACCUGCUGGAGAAUAUCUUACUGCUGCACUGAAUGACUUUGAUCCUGACCAAUAUGACAGUAUUGCUGCGAUUUCAGAUGGAGCAAACAAGCUUUUGAUGCUGGUCCUAGCAGCUGUCAUUAAAGCAGGUGCUUCCAGAGAGCAUGAAAUACUUGCCGAAAUUAGAGAUGCUGUUUUUGCUUUUAUCCGAAAAAUGGAACCAAAGAGGGUUAUGGAUACCAUGCUUGUUUCCCGUGUUAGAAUUUUAUAUAUAAGAUCUUUGCUUGCUAGAUCACCGGAGCUUCAGUCCAUCAAGGUUUCCCCUGUUGAGUGCUUUCUAGAAAAGCCUAAUUCAGGACGCAGUAGAAGUUCCAGCCGAAGCAACAGUCCUGGAAGAUCUCCUGUGCGCUAUGUUGAUGAGCAGAUCCAGGGAUUUAAAGUAAAUAUAAAGCCAGAAAAAAAAUCAAAGUUGUCUUCUGUUGUUUCAAGAAUACGUGGAUUUGAUCAGGAUACCCUGAAGCAGCAGCAGGUUACUGGUGGAAAGCUAAGAGAAAUACAAGAGGAGGCCAAAAGUUUUGCAGUUGGAAACAAGGCUCUUGCCGCUCUUUUUGUCCAUACUCCUGCUGGUGAAUUGCAGCGGCAAAUUAGGUCGUGGCUUGCAGAAAACUUUGAGUUUCUUUCUGUUACAGGGGAUGAAGCAUCUGGGGGGACCACUGGCCAGCUAGAGCUUCUUUCAACUGCUAUUAUGGAUGGUUGGAUGGCUGGGCUAGGUGCUGCACUCCCUCCUAAUACGGAUGCUCUUGGUCAGCUUUUAUCAGAGUAUGCAAAGCGGGUUUUUACUUCUCAGUUGCAGCACUUGAAGGAUAUUGCUGGAACCCUAGCAACAGAAGAGGCUGAUGAUGCUUCACAAGUGGCAAAGUUGCGUUCAGCUCUUGAAUCUGUUGAUCACAAACGAAGAAAGAUUUUGCAACAAAUGAGAAAUGAUGCUGCGUUGCUAACAUUGGAGAAUGGUAGUUCACCCAUUCAGAACCCUUCUACUGCAGCUGAAGAUGCCCGUUUAGCUUCUCUGAUUUCUCUCGAUGGCAUCUUGAAGCAAGUCAAGGAUAUAACAAGGCAAUCUUCUGUUAGUAGCAUGGGUAGAAGUAAGAAGAAAGCAAUGCUAGCAUCACUAGAUGAGCUGGGGGAACGGAUGCCCUCCCUUCUUGAUAUCGAUCAUCCAUGCGCUCAGAGGCAAAUUGCCAAUGCUCGGCGCGUGGUUGAGUCUGUUCGUGAAGAGGAUGAUCCAGCACCAGAGAUACACCAUGCUCAAAGGCCAUCUGGGGAAUUGGGAUCUGGUACUGAUACAGAUGUUGCACAAUGGAAUGUAUUACAAUUCAACACAGGCUCAACAACCCCAUUUAUCAUCAAGUGUGGAGCAAAUUCCAAUUCCGAACUGGUUAUCAAAGCAGAUGCAAAGGUUCAGGAACCCAAGGGUGGUGAAAUUGUAAGGGUUGUUCCUAGACCCUCUGUUUUAGAAAAUAUGAGCUUGGAUGAAAUGAAACAAAUAUUCUCCGAACUUCCAGAGGCUCUGAGCUUACUUGCCCUAGCCAGGACUGCGGAUGGCACCCGAGCUCGGUAUUCCAGAUUGUAUAGGACAUUGGCGAUGAAGGUUCCAUCGCUGAGGGAUCUAGUCGGGGAGCUCGAAAAGGGGGGAGUGUUAAAAGAUGUAAAGUCGUGAAUGCAAAGGGUGUUAGUUUUAUUUUUCUGAUGUUGAAGAGUGUGUGUGUGUGUGUGUGGAUGGAUUUUACAUUAGGAGGGGGUUGCGAUUUGCAGGGACAAAGUGGGUGUUGUUGUAAACCUGUGAUUUGACGUGCUCUGUAGGGAUUUGCCGAGUCAAAUGUAUUGGAAGGUGGUGCAACUGUUGAUGCCCCUUGUAUCACAUCACACGUUGAUAAUAGUGGCAAUUUUAUGCAGGCAUCCAUAA